AUGGCCGCGUACCGUAAGGAUUCGGUAAAUUGCGGCUGGUCGGGACACUUUGCGCGCUUCCUGCGGGACACCGUGCCGGACGUAUCGCUGAUGCGUGCGUACCUUCGCGAACAGCGCCCGUUUUUGCCGCGCGUGGUGCCCAAACUCUCCUCCGACUACGUGGCGAUCGACAGUGCGUACCGGACGGCCCGGCUCGCUACGACCGACGGCAGGCAGGUAGUGGUGAAGGGGACGCUCGUCGUCAACUUGCAGUGGCUGCGGGAUGGCCUUCCGAUCGCGGCCCUGUCGGCGGAGCGCAUCAUGUGCAAAGUGUACGAGUUAGCGAAUGAGGCCUGGCACCAAAUUCCGGGGGAUAUCCUCUACGUGUGGUGCACGCUCAUGCCGGACGGCAUCACGGCGUGGCUCAUGACAGACGAGGAACAAGCCAUUCUUAAACCGCAUGACGUGGAUCCGCUAGCUGGCUAA